AAAUCCCGACUUCCGGGGGACACAGGAACGCAACACAGGCACCCUGAAGGAGCAUGAAUGAGAAGCUAAGCUUGUUUAUUUAUCCUGAACCAGCUACUAUGCUUUUAAUUAUACGGAUGUUAUGUUUGCCAGAUUGAUACCAAUUAAGAAGGAAGGAUAGCUGAUUUAAAGAAAAAAAAAAGUAAACGUGCGACCAUCGUAUUUUUGAACGAUAUUCCCAAAUGAGCUAAAUUAGCGGCGAAGAGGCCUUUGAAACCGCGGUGUUUGGGUUAGCCACAACCCGGGGGUUAAGGUGAUAUCACCGUGCACACGCCUUGGAUCCUCGUAUAGCCCGUGAGACGCGCUUGUCCGUAACACCCACGGCUGGGAGCUCACAAUGUCACACACGGGACCCCCUCCCCGAUGGCGGACUUGUCCCAGAAGAGGACAACCAGUGGCAGGUAAAUUCUUGCCAAUGAAAACCAUGCUAGGCCCCAGAUAUGAUGACCAAGUUGCAGAGGAGAAUCGCUUUUACCCGAGCAUGCUUUCUAACUACUUGAAGAGUUUAAAUGUGAAAAUGGGUUUGCUCGUGGAUUUGACGAACACAACUCGCUUCUAUGACCACAACGACAUUGAAAAGGAAGGAAUCAAAUAUGUCAAGCUACAGUGUAAAGGUCACGGAGAAUGCCCUUCCAAGGAGACGACUGCUAUGUUCAUCCAACUCUGUGAACACUUCAUGGAGAAGAAUUCUGCAGAUCUAAUAGGAGUCCACUGCACGCAUGGGUUCAAUCGGACAGGCUUUUUGAUAUGUGCCUACCUGGUGGAGAAGAUGGACUGGAGCGUGGAAGCAGCCGUUGCAGCUUUUGCCCAGGCCCGGGCCCCUGGGAUCUACAAGGGUGACUACCUCAAAGAGCUUUUCCGUCGCUAUGGGGAUGAGGAGGAUGCGCCUGCCGCCCCCACGCUGCCCGAGUGGUGCUUUGAGGAUGACGACGGGGAAGUAGAUGACGACGGAAACACAGUUGGCCAGGAUUCUGGCCCCAGCUCGUCCGGGUCAGCGCCUGGGAAACGAAAAAGGGAGAGGCUCAAACUGGGGGCAGUAUUCCUUGAAGGUGUCACGGUAAAAGGCGUCACACAGGUCACCACGCAGCCCAAACUAGGCGAGAUCCAAAGAAUGUGUCAGGAGAUGGCCGAGUGGAACAAAUCUGGUUUUCCUGGUGCUCAGCCUGUGUCAAUGGAUCGACAAAACCUUUGUUUCCUAGAGCAGCAUCCUUACAAAGUCAGUUGGAAAGCUGAUGGAACACGGUAUAUGAUGGUGAUCAAUGGGAAACAUGAAGUAUUUAUGAUUGACAGAGAUAAUACGGUCUUCCACAUAGCCAAUUUAGAGUUUCCUUUCCGGAAGGAUCCACGCAUCCAUCUAUCAAAUACUCUUUUAGAUGGGGAGAUGAUCAUUGACAAGGUGAACGGCCAACCCGUCCCCCGCUAUCUGAUAUACGACAUCAUCAAAUUCAAUGGACAACCUGUAGGCCAAUGUGAUUUCAAUAUCCGGUUGUUAUGCAUCGAAAAAGAGAUAAUUUCUCCACGGAUGGAAAAGAUGAAGACAGGACAGAUUGACAAAACAAGGGAGCCCUUCAGUGUCCGAAAUAAGCCAUUCUUCGACAUUCAGGCAUCACGCAAGCUCCUGGAAGGCAGUUUUACGUCCCAGGUCAGCCACGAAGUUGAUGGCCUCAUCUUCCAGCCAUGUGGGAGAUACAAGCCUGGAAGGUGUGAUGACAUCCUGAAAUGGAAGCCCCCCAAUCUCAAUUCAGUGGACUUUCGCCUCAAGAUCACAAAAGUCGGAGGAGAAGGGCUGCUGCCGCAGACUGUCGGCUUACUGUACGUCGGCAGCUACGACAUGCCCUUUGCAAAGAUGAAGGCCACGAAAGAGCUCAAAAUGUAUGACAACAAGAUCAUCGAGUGCACCUUUGCCAACAACAGCUGGGUGUUCAUGAGGCAGAGGAUAGACAAGAGCUUCCCAAACUCCUACGAAACAGCAAUGGCGGUGUGUAAAAGCAUCCAGGAACCCGUCACCAAGAAAAUCUUGUUGGAGUAUGUGGACCGCUGUCCUCAAGCAGUCCAAGCCCAGACCCGCAAACACCAAAGAGACCCGGACUCUGAGCUAAUGCCCCCUCCCCCUCCGAAGAGACCAAACCGGUCUUUCCAAUAGACUCAAGUGAACCGCGUUGGGCCACUCUAGACUUUUCUACAGCUGCUGUCCAUCCUCAUCACCAGCCACCCCUGCCUGAUGGAAAGUCAUCCAUAUCCACCUGCAAAUCUGUCCACGUCAUUACAUUCGACUUACCUUGUUAGAUUCUUUAUAGCUGUAAUUGUUGGUGUUCUUAUUAAAAUAAACAAACAACAACCUUCAUGCUGAUUUUGAGUCUGAGCUAUAAAAAGUCGAUGGCUUGCCAAUUUGUAUUGGAGGAAUAAACAUCAUCAGCAAAGCUUCA